GGCACCUGCUGCUGGAGGCGCUCAGCGUGCCGGCCAGCCCGGUGGACGCGCGCCGCUCGGCCACCCUCUCGCCCGACGCGCUCUCCUGCGGGCCCGAGCUGACGCUCGAGUCCUCCCACCGGCUGACGGGCUCGUCCUCACUCUACCACCAGCUGCAGCUGAUGCGGGAGCGGCUGGUGCAGCAGCAGCAGCAGACGCAGGCGGCGCUGGCUCAGGUGCACCUGGUGCGGGAUCAGCUGCAGGCCGAGACGGCCGCCCGGCUGGAGGCGCAGGCGCGCGCACACCAGCUGCUGCUGCACAACCGCGAGCUGCUCGACCACGUGCAGCUGCUGGUCGGCGAGCUGCAGGUCAUCGAGGAGCGCGACGCCGUCCGGGACAAGGUGACGUGCGACGACGCCGCAUCGCCGGUGGCCAGCUCCACCAGUCUCAGCUCCGACGAGGCCAAACGGUCGCCGGCUGAGGAGGCGUCGGUGCGACUGCUCCGCGACUUGGAGCGGCUGAACAGCGCGCCGGCCGGCGCCACCCUGCCGCGCGCCUCCCGCGCCGGCAGCGAGCGCGCCGCGCACGCCGCCCGCCCGGCCGUCAACCGGCACGUCAGCAAGUAGGCUCGCGCGCGCGGGCCC